AAAUGGCUUUAGAAAAUGGAACAAAAGGCAAUUUUUCAAUUUGAAUAGUCGUCUAUUUGUUUCUUAAUAUUGUUUUGAUAUUCAAAUUAUUAUACAUUCAAACUGAGAAACAGUCCUUUAUUUAUUUCUCUUGAUAAUUAAUCUAUCGAAGACAGGAAGCCAAGAAAAGAGAUUACCAGAAAAGAGACGUCUAAUUCCUGGCAGACCGACCGAAACCUCGUGUUGUGUCGUGUUUACCACAAGCAGUCCAGCCCAGCAACUUGAACUUCUGAAUCCAAAGAUAGAGAAUUUUAGCGCCAGUUGAGCAAACAUGGACACUAAUAAUGAGGCUACGAUAGAUCUUCAGUGUACGGUAUGUCACAAGCCUUUUCAAAAGUAUGAUGACUUACAAACUCACCUCAAAAUACAUGUUAAAGAAGAAAAAAUUGAUGAUCUAGAUGAAAAUUGUCAGGUACAUUUUGAAGAAGAGAACACCGAUGAUGUUAAAAUUUUCCAGAAUAGCUUGAAUAAUGAACCAAUUGGAUACAGCACAGAUUUACAGAGUAAUUUGAACAAUGAGUCAAUUGAAUACGGCACAGAUUUACAGAGUAAUUUGAACAAUGACCCAAUUGAAUACGGCACAGAUUUACAGAGUAAUUUGAACAAUGACCCAAUUGGAUAUGGCACAGACUUACAGGAACCUUGUGAAAUAACUGUUAAACAGGUCUUUGUUUGUGAAAAGGGGUUUGAAGCAGAGUUUAAAGGUUUGCGUAAAUUUAAAUGUGAUGUCUGUGGUAAGAGAUUUAAUAGAAACAGUAACCUCAAGGCCCAUGCUAGUAUCCAUACGGGUGAAAAACCUUUCGUCUGCGAUGUCUGCGGAAAACCAUUCAAUAAAAAACAUCACCUCCAGAAACAUUUACGACUUCAUCCAGGCGAAAAACCUUUUAGCUGUGAUGUUUGUGACAAAUCAUUCACCGAUCAUGCGGGUUUGUAUCAACAUAAUUUAACGCAUUCGGGUGAAAAACCUUUUGAGUGUGGAGUUUGUCAUAAGGCCUUUGCGGCAAAGGGUACUCUCCUUACACACAUGAGAAGUCAUACGGGAGAGCGGCCGUUUCAAUGUGAUGUUUGUAGUAAAUCAUUUAUUGACAAAGGAAAUUUUCUCAGACAUACAAGAACUCAUACCGGUGUGAAACCAUAUAAAUGUGAUGUUUGUGGUAAAUCAUUUGUUCAGGGUAAUGAAUUACAGACUCAUGCUAGGAUUCAUACCGGUAUCAAACCGUUUAAAUGUAACGUUUGUGGGAAAUCCUUCAGCGAGAACAGCAGUCUUAAGACACAUGUCAGGACGCACACCGGUGAAAGACCUUACGAAUGCUACAUUUGUUUAAAAACGUUCAUGGACAAACGGAAUCAACAAAGGCACAUUAAGUCCCAUUCGGGAGAAAAACCUUUCAAGUGUAAUAUAUGUGAUAAGGCAUUCACCAGGAAUGGCUACCUUAAAGAACACACCCGAACUCACACCGGCGAAAAGCCCUUCAUAUGUGAUGUUUGUGGUAAAUCAUUCACAAGUCACGGUUAUCUACGGGAGCAUUCGCGAAUCCAUUCGGACGAAAAACCAUACGGUUGUGGUGUCUGCGGAAAAUAUUUUAGCCAGAGAAAUAAUUUACAGACACACAUGAGAACCCACACCGGGGAGAAGCCGUUUGAAUGUAAUAUUUGUGGUAAGCCGUUUAAUGACCAAGGGAAUCAACUCAGACAUAUGAAACUGCAUACUGAGGGAACUUUAUAAAUACGAUGGACGUACUGAAACUCACACUUAUCAGCAGUUUAAUGACCAAGGGAAUCAACUCAGACAUAUGAAACUGCAUACUGAGGGAACAUUAUAAAUAUGAUGGACGUACUGAAACUCACACUGAUCAGCAGUGAAUAUUCACUAGGCCCCAACAAUCACUGAUAAGAAUGAUAUCAAUGCCACUUAAUGAGUCACAAAUAUUAACCUUUUUCCUCCGACAAAUUAAAUUCUAAAA